GUUUAUAGAACUUUCUUGUUCCUGUCUUCUGUUCUUUUUUUCUUUUUUCUUUGCAGCAGCAGUAUCCCAGUCUUUCGUUCAAGCAGCAGAACAUGUAGCAGGAAUCUGGGUGCCGUAUGGACGCAGUGCACUGUAUUCUCAACCACACAUAAGGAUGCUAAUGUAAAUGGGCCCCAAUCUACAGCACAAACUCCAACCACCAUGCCGCCUGUCACAGGCUAACGAACACCACCUGUCACUCACCCCAUGCGGGGGCUGUCAAUCAAAUCACACCCCAAAAGAGAAAGAGGAGUGGGCGGGCCUGGUCCAGACCCCUAACAAAGGCAUCCUCCCAUUGUAAACAUAUUUUAUGAUGAUAUUGAGGAUUCCAGCUGACCUUGAUGUGUAGAAGUAACACUAAGCUGGUAAGUACUGGCACCUUUUUCUCUGAUCCUGCAGUUGUUGAUUUGUAUCGAUUAAUCUGGUUGAUCUGUUUGGUUAACCACAACACAAUCCAUGAGGAUUUUGACACGAGGAGUUCCAGUAGAGUGAAACAAAAUUGAAUUAAGCUCUCAGGAGAAAUCUCCACUCACGCCGAUCUUGAUUUCUCUGCUUUCUCUGUGGUGAAAGACUGGAAAAGCUCAUCUCUUAUCUGAAUUAUGUCGGUCUGCUAUCUCACACUGUUCUCCUCUCGGCAAAUGACUGACAUCCCAUGAGCAAACAGUCUUAACUGGACCUGUCAGAACAUGAGUACACCUGUAUUGUGUGCGAGAAGAGAGGAAAGAGAGUGUGUGAGGAACACAAUAAUCACAGCCCUGAGCUGCUUAUCUCCAGAGAUGCAGCAUAAGCUUUGCUCUUUGCUCUCUGUUUUGACCAUUGUGCUAGCUGAGUAAAUUUGCUCCCGGCCCGGGGGGAUCUGAACCCCACCCUGCUUCCAAACUUAUCUGUCCGUCUGUCAGCCCUUCAAAUGUCUCACACCUUCACACAACCUCACCCUAGAAAAACUUAAUAAACAUUUCCAAAUAAAAGGUGAUGGACCGUUGGAAAAGAUCAAGGUAAGUAACACUUGUUUUCAUCAGAUACCCUACUGAAAUAAUACAUAAAAUUGCACUAAACUUAAUUCUGAGACUCUGUCAAAGUUUUAGGAAACAAUGCAUGCCAGCAUUGUUUACUAGAUAACAGAUUAAAGAGCUAGUUUCAACAAAAAAACUUGUAUUUCCAAUGUCAGAGAGCCUGCACCCCCUGCUAUCGAGUUGUUUGCUGUGCUUUUCUUUCCAGGGCAUUGGUAUGUAUGUUUAGGAAUUCUAAUCUUAUCUGAGUAUCUCUCUACAUUAACAUCUGUUAUGCUGCAAUUACCAUAUACAUUAGUCGACACCUGUUUCGCUUAAACCUAUUUAAUUACGCCAAUUGUACUGGUUUGUUGUAGGCAAAAGCAAAGUCAUCCCCUUUUAAAAGAGGUUUGAUGUUCGGUCACAAUAAAGCCAAACAAUUCAUAGUCCAUGUUUGGAACCGAAUGAAAAAGAAAAUCAUUUGCAACCGUGCGGAAAUGAUUUACAGAGGCUAAAUGAAAUUAGGAAAAUCAUUUCGCUUUUAGACCAGUUCAUUUGAUUAAAAAUUAGGCGUGUAUAAACAAGAUUAUUUUUAUGUCUAAUGUGUAAAAGACAUCAAAUGAUUAAACUGAUUAAACAAAUUGUAUUUUUAAUAACUUUAACGAAAAUGUUUUUUAACAAUGCUUUAAGAAAUUCUAAUAGGCCUACAUUAAUUUUGCUUAAUGUUAUUAAUGAAAGCUAAUCUACUUUUUAUACCAAUGAAUCAAACGUGCAACGCAAGUUAAAUACAUCUGCAAUAGUAGCCUAUAUAUAUAUAUUUUUUUUUUUAAAUAAUUUUUAUAUUUAAACUUGCAAUAAAACUAAUAUCAAAUCAAAGUAACUAAAGUGUCUAAAUCGGUGUUAAUUAGCCCGCUACAAGGUAUUUUCUUUUUCAAACGCCUCAGACACGCAUUGCACCGUGUUGCUAAUCAAAUUCUGAUAAUGGCUUGUCAUGUCGUGUCUUGUAUCGGUUUGCUCAGACAAAAAGAUGAAACGGUCUCAGCAAGAUGGAAAAAAGUUUAUUCUGAGACGUUAAUGUGCGACAUUUGUAGGUGUUCCGAUGGCUUUCAAUCGCUUCUCUCGGCUGAGCAUCGUUCAAUUCAAUUUAAAGUGUUACAUGCAAUCAAGAUUAAAUAACCUAUAAAACAAAAUAUAAAAUAUAUUAAAUGUAAAAUAACAUUUUAAGUAUUUUUUUUAAAUCCCAUUAAAAAUACUGAAUGAGAACAUAGCCAUAAAUAGCAUCUGAUUGUUUGACUUUAAGACAUCAAGACUUUAAGAAGUUUAAAUAGGCCUAUGCCUAAUAUUUAUCCUAUAAAUCAAAACAGACAUAUUUUCUACAUGAAGCUUAUUUUCAUGUUUUUAAUAACUGCCUGAAAGUAUUUUCGAUCGACGUACAAUCAAACGCCAAUCUCAUUUAGGAGCAUUUAAAAAAAAAAAAAAAAAAAAUGCGAAUUUCAAAUGGAGGGUUUUCAAAUUUCCACUCUUCAGUACGGAUAAGCGUGAGAUAAGCAUCAUGAGUUUAAAGACUUUUAGAGGCCGUUAAAAGGAACAACCGAAAUUCUCCUUUGAAGGGAUUUAGCCCCAGUGAAAGCCUUUGGGUCACAGCUGUCAAUCAACCACCAUGGCACCGCCCACUGAUGCGGCUCCGCCUAUAAAGAGCGUCCGUGAACGCGAGGGAGUGUCAUUCAAACACCAGAGCUCAGGGAGUAAGGAUGCCUGCUUCUCCAACGGGGUUUGGAAACUUCUUCAUGGACAGAAACAUCAACAUGCCCGCUGGAUAUCAAUUAUUGGGCUGCCCUCCUGGAAUGCAACAGCCACCGCCACAUCUUGUGGGAAUGGCUGGGGUUCCCUUACCUUUCUCAGGAAUACCGGGGUACAGUUUCAUCCCUUAUCCUCAUCCGGGACACAUUGCACACAUUAGCAAUUCCUAUGACCUCAAGGCUGCAUCUCCGUAUCACCAAGCUCUCCUCGGACGUGGAGGACCCUAUUACACUUCAUAUCGUCCCAUGCCAGCUGAUGACCCGAGUAGGGUCACCAAAGUAGCCACCAGAGAGAGCACCAGCGCUUUGAAGGCCUGGCUCAGCGAGCACCUUAAAAACCCAUAUCCCACCAAAGGCGAGAAGAUCAUGCUCGCCAUCGUUACCAAGAUGAGCCUCACGCAGGUGUCGACAUGGUUCGCCAACGCUCGGCGCCGCCUCAAGAAAGAGAACCGGGUCAGCUGGGCCUCCAAAGGAAAGUCCGAUGAGGAGGAUGAGGAAGAGGAGGGUGAGAGCGAAGAGGAGGGGUCUUUGAGGAAAGGCACGGAGGACGAAGAUGAAAUCGAUCCUCAAACGGUUGAUGAUGAUGAAGAUGAUGAGGAGGAGGAGGAUGUCGCGGUGUCAAAGUCGGUGGAGGACCGUUUAGCGGAAGGACUUGAUCAGCAAAAGGAAAGUGACAAAUCGUGUGAGAGCAAAAAAGAGGUGUGUAAACAAAAUGUCGAUGUCCAGAAACCUAAAAUCUGGUCUCUCGCGGAAACCGCGACUUCAGAUAUCGUCAAGAAACCCAGCGAUUUGAAACAUCUUCACAGUCCAGACUUUGGGAAGUGGUGGGCUGGAUGGCCUUCAAGGGACUCCUACUCGCCUGUAAACCUCUCCACACAUGACCUGCUCAAAGAAAGCCAAUGAAACUGUUAAUCCAAGACACUAUAGACUGAAUUUUGCACUUUGAAAACCAUUGGGAACAUUUUGUUGUGGAAGUUUGCAUACAAGAUUUAAUCCAAAGGACGCGUAUUGUGUAAAUAUUGUACAGAUAUUUUGUUUAAAUUAUAAAUGCAUUUACCUGCUGACUUAUUUUUGCUAAAAUAAAACGUUGAAAAAUUGAAAAGUUUUGGUCAUGGUCAAUGGUAAUGGUAAAAUCCCUAAUAAUGGUAAUGGUUUGGGGUUUAUUGAAUUUAAAAACGAGUUGCGUUGAAUUUAUUUUAUUUUAUUUUUUUAAAGUGCUGCAUUGUUUUGCUUUUAGGUUUAGUUACAGCAUACUUUCGA